UCUUGCUCAGAACAGAUUUCAGUGUAGAGAGUAGCAUGUAAGUGAGGGACAUUGCUGCUGCAUCAUGUUGACGACUGUCUUUAAGUGCCUUCUUCUCGCCUUGGUGCCAUGGCCUGGGGCCGGGGACUACACGGUGACGAUCCACCCGGAAUAUUUAGCUCAGGGAGGUCGGACUCACUUUGAAGCGGACCGCUGGAAUGGCCACAACGGCCUGGACGGGUCCGCCUACAUCAGUAAGAAUAAGGCCAUUGGUACAGAGAGCGGCAGAUGGCUGAACAGUGACUUGAAUGGUGACAGGUUCAGAAAUGCACCAGAAGAUCCCCACCGUAAAGGAUAUGCUGACCCAAAGUACUUUAACAACCCAAAAUUUGAAGAAGCUGCUGCCGGCACAUUUCUAAACAAUUUGAAAGGUUAUGGCUUUGACUUGGACAUGGUGAUGGAGCUGAAAGGUAGUUACUGGCCUCAUUGGAUGAACACUUCACUUCAUAGGGGAAAUUUCCCCAACAACCUGGAUGCAGGAGCAGAAAUGGUGUUGCUCUUACUGGAAGCUGUAAGCCGACAUACGGGUGGUCACAUUCCUCCAUACUUUGAGGUGAUCAACGAACCAGGCACGCUUUGGCAAUCCGUUGACUGGGACACUAUGGUAAAUUACCACAGAAUCGUGGCCGGGAAACUGAAGAAAAAAUUCCCAAAGUUGAAAGUUGGUGGGCCGACAAAUACCGGGUACAUAGCCAACUCUGAUUAUCACGAUUUCAGCCUCUGGAAAAGACUGCAACAAUUCAUGGACAUGUCAUUGGAUCACAUGGACUUCUUUUCUUUCCACGCUUACAACCGAUUCCACAAAGAAGGAAACUCUUAUGAGUGGAGCGGGAUUAACGAAGCUCGUCUGGUUGCUGUCAUUGACCUUAUUGAGAGCUACGCCUGGCACAAGAAAGGGCGAUCAGUACCGUUGAUGGUCAGCGAGUUCGGGCUUGGCGGAGACAAUGUCAAAACCCACACGCAGUCAAAUUUUAACGAAUGGGCAUUCGCCUUUGCCCACAAUGCCCAAAUGUUCACUUACCAAAACUUCCGUGGCGACAUGGACAGGGCGAUUGCCUUUCUGUUGAGUAAGAGUCAAAACUUUGCAGGAGCUAGCCUCUUUCGGCAGGACCACUCCUACACCCAUACGGCCAAAGCCUUCCAAUUCUGGCACCAUUUCAACUACAAUCAGCAGUUUCUGAGAGUUGAUAGCGUCUUCGAUGGCAAAGAAAGACAAGUUUCUCCUCUGGCUUUAGCAGAUCCGCAUUCCCAAACAGUAUACGUGCUUCUCCACAAUUACCAACAAUCAGCGACACACGUGAAGAUAAACUUCGACAAACAAUGGACACAUGCAACUUUGGCCAAAUCUACAUGUUUCUAUUUUAAUUCUCAUCAAACACCCGUCUUGGUCAACGAUCAGACGAUCACCCUGACAAACAACAUGUUUACUCUCCCAGCCGAGGCUUCGUGUUACGUCACCAUUAAAUCCGGGCACAACUUCGCCUCAAUCCCCACUUUACAGGAACACACGUACUAUUCUAACGAGAUGGUGAUACCCGUAAAAGGUCACGACGUAGACACUACCGUCACGAUCCCGUCCCUGGGGCAUGUCCACUACGCACGGCUACGGGUAGCUGUCAGCGCCGUACACAGAACAGCUCACACUAAACCCAAAAACGUCCAUGUCAACGGACACACCCUGACCUCCAGCUAUACGCUCUAUGCGCCGGGUAAGCAGUACGCAGACACGCUCUGGGAUGUUUACGUCUACAACGUGCCUGGCAAUAUCCUAAAGCAACAUUCCAACGCAGUCCGGUUAGAGUUUAACCAAUUCGUCGGACACGUGUCGUCUGUGGCUUUGGUCACUGCCAUCACUUCGGGGGGCACUGGCAUUGUGGGCUAACCAUCAGAUCGUGCGAUAAAGGCCCAAAGCACGAGUCUCCUGACAUUUGUGGUACGCAAGCGCGGCCUAAAUCACACAGACUGAAUGCUGUUAGAUUAUGACCAAAUUAAACAUUCUUUUUCCUGCACUCAGAAAGAUUUAAAAAAAA